GGCUCGCCGAGCGCAGGCUGCGGUAGCGGUGGCCUCGGAGCUGGCCCUGCGGGGCCCCGGGGGGGAGGGGGAGCUGCGAAGCCCCGGCUGAACUCGCUGCUGCCGGGCCUCCCCUCCCCCCCGGGAGGGCGCCAUGCGGGGGGGUUCGGGCGACGCGGAGCGGCGGCAGCGCUGGGGUCGCCUCUUCGAGGAGCUGGACAGUAACAAGGACGGCCGCGUGGACGUGCACGAGUUGCGCCAGGGACUGGCCCGGCUGGGUGGGGGCGACCCAGGUCGCGGCGCCCAACAGGGCCUCUCCCCAGAGUCUGGUGCUGACCCAGAUGGCGGACUGGACCUGGAGGAGUUUACCCAAUACCUGCAGGAGCGGGAACAGCGCCUGCUGCUUCUGUUCCACAGUCUGGACCAGAAUCAGGAUGGUCACAUUGAUGCCUCUGAGAUCCAGCAGAGUUUCCGAGCUCUGGGCAUUUCUAUCUCCCUGGAGCAGGCAGAGAAAAUUCUACACAGCAUGGACCGUGACGGCACUAUGACCAUCGACUGGCAGGAAUGGCGUGACCACUUCCUGUUGCAUUCACUGGAGAAUGUGGAAGAUGUGCUCUAUUUCUGGAAGCAUUCCACGGUCCUGGACAUUGGCGAGUGCCUGACUGUCCCCGACGAGUUCUCAGAGCAGGAGAAGCUGACUGGCAUGUGGUGGAAGCAGCUGGUGGCUGGUGCAGUGGCAGGUGCUGUGUCGAGGACAGGCACAGCCCCUCUGGAUCGCCUCAAGGUCUUCAUGCAGGUCCAUGCUUCCAAGACCAACCGGCUGAACAUCCUGGGGGGCCUACGGAACAUGAUCCAAGAGGGGGGUGUGCGCUCCCUGUGGCGUGGCAAUGGGAUCAACGUACUCAAGAUUGCACCUGAGUCAGCUAUCAAGUUCAUGGCCUAUGAGCAGAUCAAGCGGGCCAUUCGGGGGCAGCAGGAGACAUUGCAUGUGCAAGAGCGCUUUGUGGCUGGAUCCUUGGCGGGUGCCACAGCCCAAACCAUCAUUUACCCUAUGGAGGUACUAAAGACGCGGUUGACCCUUCGCCAGACGGGCCAGUACAAGGGGCUGUUGGACUGCGCAUGGCGGAUCAUGGAGCAAGAAGGGCCCCGCGCCUUCUACCGCGGCUACCUGCCCAACGUGCUGGGCAUCAUUCCCUACGCAGGCAUCGACCUGGCUGUCUAUGAGACCCUGAAGAACCGGUGGCUCCAGCAGUAUAGCCACGACUCAGCUGACCCGGGCAUCCUCGUGCUCCUGGCCUGUGGCACCAUCUCCAGCACCUGUGGCCAGAUAGCCAGUUACCCCCUAGCCCUGGUCCGGACCCGUAUGCAGGCCCAAGCCUCUUUCAAGGGUACCCCCCAGUUCUCCAUGCUGGGUCUGCUCCGUCACAUCCUGUCCCAGGAGGGCAUACCAGGCCUCUACCGGGGGAUCGCCCCCAACUUCAUGAAGGUUAUUCCAGCUGUGAGCAUCUCCUAUGUGGUCUACGAGAACAUGAAGCAGGCCCUGGGGGUCACAUCCAGAUCCGCAAGGCCUGAGACACUAGAUUCUGGCUCCUAAAACCACAAUUGCGAGAGCCCAGUGGCAGCGCGAGUGGGUCUUGGCAACUGCAGCUGGACACUGAAACCUCACUCACAGGAAACAGGCCCUGACACGUCCCGGCACUGGAUCCCCACCCCUUAGCCCCUGGAUUCUGACCUGAAUCCUCCCGGACACUGGCUUCCAAAUGUUCAGAUCCACGUGUAGAUCCCAGUAGGCUGAUCACAGCAUUCCAGACCCCACAUGUGCCCUGUCUCAGACACACACGAGAGCCCAGAGAACUCGCCAACCACAGCACAAACCUGGGAGCCUGUGGGACCCCCAGGUCCUGGCCUCCUGGCUCCUGAUAUAGCCAGCUCCGCUCUCAUGCCAUGCACUGACACUGGAUCCCCCACCCCCCCAGCAUGGUCACACCUCUGGGCUCUGUGGGGACACUGCUCCUUCCAACACUCGCCCCAACUUUCUGCAGCGUCUUCCACUCCCCCCACCUUAUAAGCUGAUAACCCCCAGAGCCCGGGUCCCUCUGGAGGAUCCAGCUGCUCUUCUUUCUUGGGGGCUGGCAAUGAGGCAAUCUAAGGUGGGGGGCACAUUUAGGGGACCUCCCUCCAGCCCCGGCACUACCAGCCUCUCCUCAGGCUUCAAAGAUGGAAGCCAGGAGCAAGUCUACGCAGACCACCCUUCCCGAAACCCAAACAUCCAAUUAUGCAAAACAAACCAAAUCCCCAGAACUCAUUCCAGGUCUAUUUUUCUAUGGAGAGGAGCAGACAUUGCCUCACUGCCCGCCCCCCACCCUUAUGACUAACCCAAGCCCCAACACCCCCCUAUACAUUCUGCACUUUAUAGUUGGACUCUGAGCUUAAGAUAACUGAGGGACCCCUCCCUCCACUCCUCCCAAGUCCUUGGAGAACCCCAUUAAAGGACUACAGAAGAGGAACUGGGAUGUUUGUAGGGGCAGAGGACCUCCUCAAGGCUUCCACCUCUCCCCAUCCCCCUGCCUGUGUGUGUUAGUUCAAAGAAAAAGAACAAAAGGAAUACAUUUUGCAAA